GUUGGGGCUGCGUUGCCCUUGCCGAGCGGUAGGAGGAGAGGGGUUCGCUUGAUUCUGUUGCCGCUGGUCGUAUCCCCUGGCGCCAGCGGGCUCCUCUGGCUGCAGCAGCCGCCGAUAGGGCAGGACCCAGCGGGGAGCAGAGGCAGCAGUUCCCCUCGGCGCCUGGGCGUGUGCAGCCAGCGGCAGGUUCUGCGGCCAGGGCCAUGCGUGCCGGACAGACAAAAGCCUGGGCGAGCGAGGCGUGAGGAAAGGCGCCCAGGGAAGGAGAGGGAGGCGCGUACGCACAGAUCCAUCUGGAAGGGGUUUUGCCUGCUGCCGCUGCCGCCGCCGCCGCGCCAGGCUUGCCGAGAUCACCGGGCGCCAGGGGAUGCCAGCUCGCCUCCUCUUCCAAUGUUUCACUGGGGCAAGUGGAAGAAAAGGAUGGGAGCGACCACUUCUUCUUCCAAGAGACCCGUGUUCGAUGAGAAGGAGGAUGUGAAUUUUGACCACUUCCAGAUACUCCGAGCAAUCGGGAAGGGAAGCUUUGGCAAGGUGUGUAUUGUACAAAAGAGAGAUACGGAGAAGAUGUAUGCCAUGAAGUACAUGAACAAACAACAAUGCAUCGAAAGAGAUGAGGUUCGAAACGUGUUUAGAGAAUUAGAGAUCCUGCAGGAAAUUGAGCAUGUAUUCUUGGUGAAUCUCUGGUACUCGUUUCAGGAUGAAGAAGACAUGUUUAUGGUAGUGGAUUUACUCUUAGGUGGUGAUCUACGGUAUCAUCUACAGCAAAAUGUUCAAUUCACGGAGGAAACAGUGAAGCUUUAUAUUUGUGAGAUGGCACUAGCUCUAGACUAUUUACGAAGUCAGCAUAUUAUUCACAGAGAUGUAAAACCAGACAACAUUCUCCUAGAUGAGCAAGGUCAUGCACACCUAACAGAUUUUAAUAUUGCAACAAUAAUCAGAGAUGGUGAAAAAGCAACUGCGUUAGCUGGAACCAAACCAUAUAUGGCUCCAGAGAUUUUUCACUCUUUUCUGAAUGGUGGGACAGGCUACUCCUUUGAAGUUGAUUGGUGGUCUUUAGGAGUGAUGGCUUACGAACUUCUUCGUGGAUGGAGACCCUAUGACAUCCACUCCAGUAACCCAGUAGAGUCUUUAAUUCAGCUGUUUAGUACUGUAAGUGUUCAGUAUUCAUCAGUAUGGUCAAAAGAAAGUGUUGCUUUAUUGAGAAAGCUAUUGACAGUGAAUCCUGAGCAUCGAUUUGCCAGCCUCACUGAUGUUCAAACUUCAGCUUACUUAUCAAAUGUCAUCUGGGAUGAUAUCUGUGAGAAGAAGGUGGAGCCAGGUUUUGUUCCUAAUAAAGGCCGUCUGCAUUGCGAUCCCACCUUUGAGCUAGAAGAAAUGAUCCUGGAGUCAAGACCCUUGCAUAAAAAGAAGAAAAGACUCGCAAAAAACAAGUCCAGGGACAACAGCAAGGACAGCUCACAGUCAGAAAAUGACUAUCUCCAGGAAUGCCUCGAAGCAAUCCAGCAAGACUUCGUAAUUUUUAACAGAGAGAAGUUGAAGAGGAGUCAAGAUCAAAUGAAUGAAUCUAUUUCUCCUCCUGAAACUACAGAUGAAGCCGAGACAGAAGCUGAAUCUGAGAAUUCCAAUUUAAAUAUGUGUAGCUCUGUAUGUUCUUCUACAGGCAGCAGCUAGGACUACAGUUUCAAGGCCAGGGGCCAAAAGCCUACAUGCCUCUUGAAUAAAUCAUUCUCAGGUUGCACUGAUGAAUAUAUACUGUACACUGCGUACUAUAAUUGAAAAAAAAAGUCACAAAUUCAAUAUUGUAAAGCUGUAGCAGAGG